GGCACAAGUUCGUGGUUUAAAUUCGAGUAAUCGAUGGUACACGAUAAUCGAGGUUGAAAGCUCGAAGUUCGAGUUAUAAAAUCGAACGCGCUUUGUGCUGAAAUUAUUUGAGAACCUUUCCGAGAGCUCUUGCUCGGUGGUGUGUUCGUGGGAGGUGGUUCUUCGAAUAUCAUUAGAUUUUACGAACUUUCACGAAAUAUAUCACGAGUAUCGAGUUAACCGACCGACGCGUAAAAAUUCGCUCGUAACUUUUAAGUGGUUACGAACGAGCAAACGAAUGUUUUUUCUCGAUACCUUUAACGAAGAAUCGGUUACGAGAGAUUUCGACAGGCACUGGUCGCCAUACGAACGAAGCUUCAACCUUCAUCGACCGAUUUGACUGAUUUUUGAGAUCCAGUCACCGAAAACUUCCAUCAUUCCGUCAAAAAUCGAGUGCCGACCCGCAGGGUGGCGAUCAUUUGAUAAGGGUUCUAUCUGCGAUAGGCUGGUAGACCAGUCUAUUGGUGGGUGCGUGAAUAACUGCGGCAACUGGAAGUUGGCCCUGAAUGCAGAGCCCCCGUGGCUUUGCUAGCACCCCCAUAGUGAUCUCGUCUUAACCCACCUCCUCACGACACACACGAUUCUCAUUGACAGCUGCCUCUUUGCUGCCUAGUGCCUACAGAGUACCCUUUAGAAAUUCAAAAUAAUCAACAUGAAGGUCACAAAUUUGGAUGAACGUGUCCACGUCUUGGACAGUGCGUCAAACGUCAUGAGCGUCAUCAAAGAUAUUGCAUUGAGCGGAUUACAGGAAGAAGCUUUUUAUGUACUUGAUAUUGGUGACAUUGUCCGUAAACAUCAAAUUUGGAAAGAAAAAUUGCCACGCGUAGAUCCAUAUUAUGCUGUGAAGUGUAAUGAUAAUUUAAUUGUAAUCGAGGUGUUAGCAGCUCUUGGUAUUGGUUUUGAUUGCGCAUCAAAAACGGAAAUUAACAAAGUAUUAAGUGUUGGAGUAGACUCAUCUAAAAUCAUUUUCGCGAAUCCAGCUAAACCAGCAUCCCAUAUUCGUCAUGCUGCUGCUGUUGGUGUAGAUACAAUGACAGUGGACAAUGAAAGCGAGUUAUAUAAAAUUAAAAAGCUGCAUCCAGGUGUAAAAAUUGUUAUUCGAAUGCGUUGUGAUGCAGAAGUAGCUCAGUGUCAAUUGGGCAUGAAAUUUGGUUGUGAUCCUAUAUACGAAGCACCCAACCUUUUGCGCCUUUCACGCAUGUUAGGACUUAAUGUUGUUGGUAUUAGUUUCCAUGUUGGAUCUGGCUGUCAGGACCCACCUGUAUUUCAUCGUGCUAUACUUUAUGCUAAAACAUUAUUCGACUUAGCAAUGGAUCUUGGUUUCAAACCAUAUCUGUUGGAUAUCGGCGGUGGCUAUCCCGGAAAUAAAGGCACAAGCAUUGACAAAAUUGCCGAUGUUAUUAAUAAAGCACUUGAUGAAUAUUUCAACACUGAUGCUGUUCACAUAAUUGCUGAACCUGGUCGAUUUUAUGUUGCAUCUGCAUUUACACUUGCAACUAGCAUUCACAGCAAACGUUCAGUGCGUAGCAACGAACAUUUACCAAAUACAAUUACGCACAAUAUGUAUUACAUCAAUGAUGGCGUUUAUGGCUCCUUCAACUGUUUACUUUAUGAUCAUCAGCAUGUUACCCCUAUACCUCUAAAGAAAGGUUACGGAAAGAUGAUUCCUUCAAGUAUUUGGGGACCAACUUGUGAUGGUCUGGAUCAAGUGGUGGAAAAUGUUUUACUGCAUGAAAUGGAUCUUGGUGAUUGGAUAAUUUUUGAAAACAUGGGAGCAUAUACAUUACCAGUAGCGUCUCCAUUUAACGGAUUUCCUGUACCAAAGGUUCACAUCGUUGCUGACGAAAACAUUUGGCUUCUUUUAAAAGGUGCUUUGCCUCUAACUGAAGAGCAUUUUGUUAUUGGUAAUACACCAGCUAAUUUACGACUUGGUCUGGAUAUUGGGGGAACUGAUAUCAAUGUAUGGCGUAACCCAAACAUUGAAUUGACGUCGACCGAUAUCUUGGUUGAUACUAAUACACCAUCAUCAUUCAUUUACGAUUACGUUGAGGUUGAUCCUCUAAAUUAACUUAGAUACAUCACAAAUAUGGCAAACGUACUAAAAAUCGGUCCUCGAUAUUUCCGUGAAAGAUCAUAUCCUUAUUUUAAAUACAUGAUCAUGACAUAAUUUUAUAUUAGACACUUUCUUGAAGUUGAUAAUUUUGUGAUUAUAUACUUCUUAAUAUUUAAUAUUUAAUAUUUUUAUUACUUCUAAAUAUUUUGUUAGCUUGAAAGCGAAAAAAAUACUGUCGAGUGUAUUUUUGAUCUUUCGUUUUUUUUUUUCAAGUUCAACAUAAGUAUUACUAACAUUUAGCGUUAUUAUUAAGAAAAUGGAGUGCUUAUACUUUUCGCUUUCAUUAAAAAUUGAGAACGUGCAAAUUAUUGCCAUUUUGAAAUGAUAUAGGUAUACUACAGUUAUAUUACUUCUGAGUGAUAUCUAUUGAGAGAGAUAAUAUGCAUAAAUUAUAAUAAUGCACAAGUAAAUCAUGUUUUCAGAUUGUUGUUGAAAAAUAACCGUAAAAUAUCAUAGAUGUUAUUAUGCUGCAUGAUUCGCUGAGAUAUUUGCACAGGAAUAUUCAUUAUAUUUCUCUAGAAACGUAGUUUCUUAUAUAUUCUAUAUAAGCUUUCAUGAUAUUUAGAAAAAAUGUUUACCUAAUUCUUUCAUAAGUAUUUACGAUUUGCACGUUUAAUAUAGACAUUGAAGCCAUGUUUUUUAUUUGUAUAAAUCAUAUAAGUAUGAAUUAGUUAGUGGAAGAUUUAGCUCUAAAAAGUCAUUGCAAUGUGUGAGGAGUGUUUUUAUGAACAAUUUCACGUCUAUGCUUAUGGUAACAAUUUUGUGUGGUUUUCUAAUACAUUUGUAAAACACAAAUACUUACAUGAUUUAUAUGAUACAAAAGAAAGUAGUUGUUUUGUGGAAGGGCUUAAAUGUUGUGUCAUUUAUAUAUAUAUAUACAUACAUACACAUAUAUAUAUAUAUAUAGAUAUCUACGAACUAUUUAAAUGAUUAUUGUAAUUUAUCUAAUGGUUAAAAAAAUGAAGAAAAAAAAAGUUAAAAAAGAAGGAGGAAAAGAUGUAAUCGAUAACAUUGAGGGUGACGUACGUGUCCAAUUUAUGUAUAACGAUAAGCACAAACGUUUCUAUUUUCUUGAUUUUUUUUUUUUCAUUUCAAAUACUAAAAAAACACGAACUCUGUAAGACCGCUAGGAACUUUAGGGCAUUGAGGCAGCUGUCACGGGAAGGAAAGAUAAUUAGUUUCUUAUUAAUUAUUACUCUUAUUGUAUUAUAUAUCGGCUAUUAUUAUUGUUAAUUAAUUAUUAUUAACGAAUGAAUACAUGUAAUGACAUAUAUAAA